CAAGGAAUCGCUUGAUGGGAUCAGAAAAGUGUUGGCGCAACACCUAGCAAAGGUUUGCAUGGUGGAUGAUAGCAUGCUGCAUUCGAUUGAAAAGGUCUCGAAGAAGGCUGCAAGAACGUGGCUGGAGUUCGGAAUGCAGAGGUGCAGGCUGGUGAUCAACAUGCAGGAUAUCGCGAAUGCAGGCGAGUCGGACGGGGUGGGCGGCGAAAGCUUCGUGGAGUUCGUUUUGAAGCCGCAGUUGAAGCGGAUUGGGGACUCGGAAGGGGAGCUUUUCGACAAAGUAGAAGUAGUGGCUGGAUGCGAAGGGGAGGUGAAUAGGAUCUCCUACGGGGAGAUGGUGAUGGGAUAAAUAAGCCUUUCAAAAUCCUGGUAUGAUAUCGGAUGGAGAGGACGCCGGGUGUCGGGAGGAUGUUAGCAGCUUGAAGGCUGAAGGAGUGCCGUGCCAUAAUGUGGUGAUUGAGAAAGACACUAGGUCCUAUUACGGUGGCACUUUCUCCGCGUCGGCAACCGAGGCGUAUUCGAAGGCAACGGGCGGUAUGAAUUUGAGGGAUGACGGGAGUUCG